AUGACUUCUCAUCUUGCAUGCAUAAAUUCAAUGGUGUUUUCUGCUGUUAAUCUCUCGAUUGUGAUUUUCUUUUUUCCUUCCUUCUCCCGCCCUUGUUUUUUGAUCUACUUCCUAUUAAAGGAUCGUUUAUGGUGUUGGACCGUUGGAUUGGUCUAUUCAAGCUUCUUACUGGUUGUAUUGUAUUGAUGAUUCUCGUGAUAUUCCUUAUCUGGAUGCAGACACCGAGUCACAGAUUUUUAUGUUCAUUUUUGGAAUUUUCCUUGUUUGUAGAGGGAGAUGUAUAUAUCUAGGCGGAUUGUUCCUUUGGCUUCAGUAAAUGAGCGUUGAAAUGAAGAAACUAAUGGAUUUUUUAUUUGACCUGUUCUUUUUGUACUAGACUUUGCUGUUAAGAGUGGUCCAGAUUACCUGCCAUUGCAUGGAUGGUGGACCUGAGUUUUUGGUUUAACUUCCUGCUUUCGCAAUAUGAUUCCAUUCGACACUUUUUUUUUUUUUUUUUGAAACUUGAAGCAAUCAAUGUGCGAUGGCAGCGUUCUUAAAGUUUUCUCCAUGGAAAUCAUACUGGAAAGUUUAGCUAUGGCUAUUCUAGUUUCAAGGGUAAAAGGGCAUCAAUGGAGGACUUCUACGAAACUAGAAUUUCUGAAGUCGAUGGGCAGAUGGUCGCUUUUUUUGGUGUUUUUGAUGGUCAUGGAGGUUCCAGAACAGCUGAAUAUCUUAAGCGCAAUCUUUUCAAGAACCUAAGUAGCCAUCCAGACUUUAUCAAAGACACAAAGACAGCUAUUACUGAGGUUUUUAGACAGACGGAUGCAGACUAUAUUAAUGAAGAGAGAGGUCAGCAGAAAGAUGCCGGGUCAACUGCAUCAACUGCUGUCCUGUUAGGGGAUCGUCUCCUUGUUGCUAAUGUUGGGGAUUCGAGAGUAGUCGCGUCUAGAGCUGGUUCAGCUAUUCCCCUCUCUAUUGAUCACAAGCCUGAUCGAUCAGAUGAACGGCGAAGGAUUGAAGAUGCUGGAGGUUUCAUUCUUUGGGCUGGAACUUGGAGGGUUGGUGGUAUUCUAGCAGUUUCACGUGCCUUUGGAGAUAAGCUACUCAAACGAUACGUUGUUGCUGAUCCCGAAAUUAAGGAAGAAGAAAUCCCCAGUGUAGACUUUAUAAUUAUUGCAAGCGAUGGACUUUGGAAUGUCAUAUCAAAUGAGGAAGCUGUAUCAUUAGUGCAACACAUCCAAGAUGCAGAAAUGGCUUCAAGAAAACUCAUUCAAGAAGCUUAUGCACGAGGGAGUACCGACAACAUUACGUGUGUCAUCGUACAAUUUGGUUUAUCAUAACUCAAUACGAUCCGAUCAGACUUGUACAAAUCAGCAAAUUGCAGUUCUGUCCUACAAAAUGUCUCGACGAACUAGAGUUACUGGUCUUAAGACCACAGGGCCUUGAUCCUAUAGCUUAUUUAUUUGUUGGUAUUGAAUCGAGUAUGUAAUUUGUGUUCAGAACGUUCCUGCUCCAUCUGUGACUGCUUAAAGCAUUGCCCUUUUGUGUAUAUGUUCCAAGUUUUGAUUCAAACUCGUGUUACAGAUGUUGUUUCACUUGUUUUUGUCACCCUGUAUUAUCAUUCAGGUUAAUCUUAUGUUCUUUUUCGUGUGUGUUCGAUCUUCA